CAAGGCUUUCCUCCUCUUCCUGCUCAGUUGUUGAGUUUCUUCAACGUUGAAUUCACCGAGACCUGGCCACUUGUGGGCCUAGCAAGCAUGACUUCCCUAUCCUCGAUGCCGUCCGCGCCGCACGAGUACUAUCCUGCGUCCGCAAGCAAACGCGCUGCCGUUGCUACUCACUUUGACGGCGCUAGCCCUCGCAAUGGCCAUGGCAGGUACGCGAGUGCAAGCUCCGCUAUACCUAGUGUUAACAGCAGCAGUAGCAACCCACGCGGUUCAAGUGGCGAGAGAGAUGACUUGGAUUAUCGUUCAGAUAGCGCUUCAUCCCUGACUUCAAAGGCGACGCCGGGUAAAGGGAACGCGGGAAUGUUCAAGAAACACCACCCCAAGCUGGGCCCGUUACCCCUACACACUCCUUUCGGGCACGGCGAUGGCUCUACCGGAAGCAGAGACUCUGGCCUCGGAAUCGAUCUCAGCGCGUCUUCGCCAUCCACCCCGAUUGCGGGUUGGAUCCCGCCUGCGCCGCACUCAGCUUCAUCACGCUUGACGGAAAUGUGCGGCGAAAAGCACUAUCAACUUCGUCAGCAGGCAAAGGACCCAUCUGCAGAUUCGCAAAGCUCGGAGAACGUGCGGCAUCAGCAGCGCCAACAGCAGCAAUCUGGAACACUGACACCACCACUCGCGCAGAGCCUUCGCCACGCACCACCAGCUGUGCAUCAUUCGCGAAGUGCUCCUGCAACCCCUUCCAGCGCGACUGAGACAGUCAAGCUAAAGUCUGUUAUAGGAGCCCCUUCGUAUCCGCCUUCUACCAAACAGACGCGAAACCGGCGCACGUCCCUCGCGCGCGAACUGAGCAAAGGCAGGAGGCGCAGAUUCCAGCACGACACUUCUAGCAAGUCGCGACCAGGCAGUGCGCAGGGGAGCAACAAUGGGUCCGAGUCGGCGCAACAGUGUCAACUUGCUGCCGCGGCCGAGGACUAUGCGAGCGGGACCCAGGACCCGUGGGCUUCUGGGGAUGAAGCAUCCGGUGAGGCCGCGUGGUGCAAUAAUGCACAUCGAUCUGGGAGUGCCGCUGGUAGCCAUCACCUUCCCUCUUCGCUCAACCUUGACACAAAUCUCGGGAGUGGGAGCUCAGGAGGCGCCGCCCCGUCCUUUGGACUUCGUUUACCGACGCCCGCGCCAAAGCACAGCUCUAGCACUCAGCACAAUACAGUGCAAGCUACAGGCGGGCGCAUGAGCUGCAGUGGUACGGCAAGGAGCCAACGCGACCCUUUGCUCGAUUCGCUCACCAGCGCGACAGCAUCUUCCGUAUCGUACGUCCACGAACCAGAAUUCACAGCGGAGGAAAAGGGUAAGGCGCGCAUCCCGCCAAAUCCUAUCAGCCCGCGCUCGAGCGUUCUGCCAGAAGAGCCCAGUGCUAAGCUGCCUUCGCCGACUUAUGCUCAACCAAGCCAAUCCUCGUACGCUUUUUCAGUUGACUCCGACGGCAGCCACCGGCUGCAAAAGCUCGAAAAUGCUGUCGACAAGCCUACCCUCGCGCUUGUACAGGCACCGGCCACCGAAUGUCAGACGACAGCCGACCUUUACCGUUCCCAGCCUCCGCAUACACCGAAAGAGAGAGUCAUCCCAAUGAGCGUCCAUCCCGGCAGUCCUGCCAUGCGUCGCCUACCCGCCGCCUCAUCCAUCGACGAGCGCGAAGGUAAACUUCGGCCGCAAGGAGGGAGGCCCAUGCCUGACCCAGGCUCGCACCAGCACGGGCUUCAGCUCACUAGGAUGCAAAUGAGCGCUACCCCAUACUCGAGCGGAAGUCCCGGUGAGGGCAUCGAAGAGUUCAACUUGCUCGACCAUCCAUCGAAUGCACACGCCGAGGCCGAAUGCCCUCCCAGCAGCGGCGCUGGACGCCUGAACGCGAGCUCGAAUACACCGAAGCGAAAAGGCAGCAUCAAUGCCGAAGCCCUUGCAGCGCUCGGGACCGCUCACAGGCCACGGGAGCAGGGGUUCGACGCUUACCCCAGACACUUAACUGAUGACGUGCAGCCCUCUGCGAACGCGCGAGCUGAAAGUAUCCAGACGUCGGUGGAGAGAAGUACUGCUGGCGGCGCCAGUGCCCCCAUCUUCCGCACCGUUCGCAAAGGCGAUGGAAAAAGUUCUGAGCCGCCCGCGCCGUCCACAUCGACGGAAGCAAAAAAGGAGGGCCAAAGGCAUCAUAGUCGUACCAGCUCGAUCGGCAGCUUAGGUCGUCUCUUUGGCGUCGGCAAAAAGAAGCGCUCCGAUUCACACCCAGUCAGCCAAUCUCCCAAGACCCUCUCGCCUGCGCAGGGAUUGAGACAGCUAUGUGACUUGGCCGGAGAUUCGCAACCUCUUAUCACUGAAGAUGCCACGUGGCCCCAUGCUUCUGCUGGAGCUGUCCAAGCGCAGGUACCAGCAAUUUCCCGGGAGCAACUGCCGAAAUUGGACGCUCCGGCUGCCAGGCCGGCUCAGUCCUUAUCACACCUGGUGUUUCCGUCGACCAAGGGCCUGGCUACUAUGCCAAGUCCCGAGCAAGAGAUCCUUGCGGAAAGUGCCCAGGUGCCACCAGCUCGUGGCCUGAUGAAACGGCGAAGGCAAGACUCGAGCCUAAAUUUGAGUACGCGACUCAGCUCGAUCUUCUAUGUCGGCAGCAAGGUACAGAGUCCAACUAGCCUUGUUGCUCCUUAUUCAGCGGAGUCUAUCGAUCGAGUGGAUCAUCAGGUUCGAGCAGAAUCAGGAAGCGCAACAGUCAAGCGCUCCAUCUCCAGUCGCGUUCGUGCUCUGUCCUCCGAACUGCUAGGCAAAGGCCACACGCGGCACGCUUCCACCGCACUCGACAUGCGGCCACCGCUGAGAGAGGCCGCAAAUGCUCCGACGGUGCCGAUCAAGUCUCCACCUUCGUCAUCGAGGUUUGCGCGUGAUCCUAGCAUCGAUGAAUACCGCAGCGAGCAGGGUCACAAUGUCUUUUCCACCUGUGUCUGGGAAGGCCGCAACAAUAUGGAGCUUGAGAGCACUUUGCGGCGUACGCGGUCGGCCGGUGCCAUGCAUGCGCGCUGGGCAGCUGCGAGGCGUUCGAUUGGAGGCUCUUCGCGUCAACAAACUACCUCGACAAUGUCCCCUGAUCACCCCCAGCCUCCGACGCCCCCUAGCAAAGUGUCAAUCAGGAGAACGCUGGCUUCGAAGAUCCCGCCGGUUCCACCUGCGCCUAGCACGCCCGAGAUCGAGAGUUGGCGAGUCUAUCCGAGGGGUGUUAGCCGAUUAGACGAGAUUGAGAAUAGGCCGGAAGAAGGUGCAAUUCCAUCGCCUCAGCUAGACACACGCUCUAAAUCAUCCCAUUCUUCUCCAGCAGCGGUGCCGCGCUCACCGUUUGCUUUCGACGAUUCCUCAGAGACGUGUGAUAAGUACCGCUCUCCUGCAGCAGGAAGCAGCCAGAUCUCUCUGCACUCGCCCGAGCAACCUCUACCUGUGUCACUCACUUUGCCAGACACGCCUUUGUUUGACAGACUCAGUGCACGUCGCAUGUUGCGCGACGCCGGACUGGCGAGCCGCUCCAGUUCGUCCGAAACGGAAACGUCGAAGAAGAGCUCCACGGCUCCUUCCUCUCCGAACAGGUGCACUUCGUUUGGCUUAGGCCUGAUGCCUGGCUCGCCUGCUAUCACCUCGGCAACAUGGGACGGACCCCUAGUCACGAUCACUAGUCUCACGAGUGGAAUGGCACCAUUUGCACAUUCUCCGUCUGCUCACGCGGCUCAAAGCCCCCCCUCGUCAGCCAAUACCGCUGUCAACCCGAGCUUUGAGGUGGUGCAUGGCGGCAAGUGCAUCGCAACACUGGACAGGGCCCCAGAAGAAUCAAAGGGCGCCGAGCAAAGAGGCUCGUUCAUCAGCUCCGGCGACGACGAUACGCCACUGCUAGGCUACAGUAAACUUGUCGUCAAUACCGCAGAUGAGCGCGACGAAGAAGAGGAGACGAGGUUCUUUUUCCGUAGCCCAAAUGCCAGUCAACAAGCCAGGCGAGGCCAGCUGGAAGGGAUGGCAGCCUCCAAUCCGUUGGCAGGGCGGUACCGAUCCAACUCACCGACGUCGAUAGAGGCGCAUCGUGCUGAAAGCAGUUUAAGCCAUCCAAGCCGUGUGUCCACUCAGCAACCAGCUGGUAACAGCAGUGAAAGCCCUUCGUACAGCACUUUGCUGCAAGAACCACACGUUGGCUCGACUGAGGAUGCGGUCAACCCUCAUGCGCAGCUUCCCAAGCACUCCACGGUGCGAACGUCAGUGAUCACGGUGAACAGCUUCCGAAGCCUGAACACUCCUCUUAGCGAUGGAGGGACAUGGGCGACGGGAAACGAUGCACUGUCCGCCUUGGACGCUGAGGUGUCGCAGGCUCGACGCGUCAAGGUCGACCAUGUGGAUAAAGGCGCUAUCAAGCAGUGGGCGAGCUCCGCGGCGAUGUCUCAAGUCAAACUGUCUGCGUUUCUGGACCCACAGCACCAGCAACAACAACAACAGCAACGGAAAACGACUCAUGCGCCAUCAACGGACCACUUCCAGCUGCCUAUCAGUCUAGCUGCCAAGCUGCAGCCGUUCCCUGACGUGCUCACCGUCAUGCGGCAGAGAACAAGAGUCGUUUCGGAUCCAGCGCGCCCGGAGCUGGUCGAUCUUGGGAAGAUCGCGGCAAAGCGUCAGCGACGCUCCGUUAGCCAGCCAAUAAUCUCCAACAGCAGCGCUAGCGGCGGCGCGAGGCUGAAUGUGCAUAAGGGUCCGGAUGCGGGUGCGCGCACCAGCGCUUAUCUGGCGCAUUGCAAGGCGCGGAGCAAGGGAAGUGUGGCGCCCAGAGGCAACCAGACGAGAGAUCGGCGGCCUGUCUCUCAAAUUGCGCAGGGGAUGGCAACGGGCAGCUGGCUGGAAAAGCCGCUCAGCAGUCUGCAUGAGGGCUUGUCAACUGCAGCACAGACCCUGGAAGUGGGUGACGGCGGCGGAGCGCCUCUCAGCGCUACGGUGCGCUCUGUUCGCAGUCACACGCAAGGAAACCAGAGCGCUGACGGACGCAGACACGGACAUCAUCCGCGACAUGAGGCGACGACGCAGCGCUAUCGCACGCUGGAGCAGCGGCCACUGCCGUUCCGGACCGCGGACGAGGCGGUGCGCGCGUUGCAGCGCGAGGAGCAGGAGCGCGAAUGGCAGGAGCAGGAGCGCGAGCGGCGGCGGCAAGAGGCGCACGCAGAGCGACAUGCGGCGAAGAAAAAGCGCGACCCGCUGCUUGCUGCGAGGCUUGCGCUCGUCGGGCUCGAGUCACCCGCAGCAUCGUCGGCGAUACUGGGCAGCGCCCCGGUCAGCGCGGUGCACUCACAGUUUGCGCAGGUACUGACGCCGACUGCGACAGCGACGCCGCCGUCGAGUGCCGGUGUGGCAGGCUUGGCGCACGGGUCGCUAACCCUGCCGGCGAGCACGGACCGCCAGGGCUUCCUGACUCCGUCCGGGGUGGGGGAGACGGCGGGUAACGCGGGCGAUGGCAGGCGGUACGAGUCACUCAUCUUUGGCGGAUCGUACUACUCUGCCAGUGCGUUUGCCACGCCGGAGAGCGAGCCCGUGGCGCUGCCUCGGGCGGACGAUGCGGGCGCCGCAGCGUCCCGACUCCCCGAGAGCCCGAAAGCUGGCACAGGCACGUUCAGAUAUGGGCCGUCGAAUAUGCAUGUGCACGCCAACGCGGGCAGCACAGCCGUGACGGAGGGCAGCAUCAUGGGCUUCGGCAUGGCCCUCAGCAGCAGUGGCGACGUCGCGACGGACAAGGACGGAGCGGGUGGCUUUGGCGGCCCUUCGACGCGCGCUUCGCCGCUCCUUACUAACAUACCUGGUGCGUUCUUUCAACGGGAGCAGCAGCAGUCGCUCAGGCUGCUUGUUGCGCGCCCACUGCCGCCACCGAUGACGAAGACGGCAGCAGCAGCAAUGCCCGCACGAGCAGCGUUGGGCCGCUCGUCAGAGAACGGGAGCCCCAGCAGCGCGGACACGACUCCGUCGAGCGCGGCAGGAGGCGGCGAGUGGCCCGUCCCACCCGGCCGGGCACUUCGGCCGCAGGUGCAGCUGAGCCAGGACGGGACGGUGCUGGCGCGCGCGCGGAUGGCGAGCCGCGACGGGACCGGAUUCGACGAGGGUGGAUGCGGAGACGAAGAGCUGGACGGUGGAGGCGACGGCGCCUAUGGUGCGGGCGUGCGGCGCCGGGACAGCUGGACCGACGGCGUGCCGAGCGCUGCGGCGCUGAUGAUGUUGCAGCGCGCGCGGGGCGCGGAGCAGCAGAAUGCGUCGUCCUCUACCACCACCAGCGGCUCCAGUCUGUCACCCUGUCACGCACGGACUUUUCCCAGCAGCAGUGUCGUGACGCUCGUGCGCCGGCAGACGCAGCAGGGCGAUAGUGGCGAGAAGCACCGAUCGAUGCGAGCAAGCCUGGUCGGCGACGACUACCACGCCACAUUCCCCCACCAUGAUGCAGAGGCGCCGUGAUUGGAUGGCAGAUGGGCGAGCCGGGCGUGUAUGUACGUAUAGAUGUUCCGUCCAUCUGUGCAGGCCGGACGUGCUUGCGCGAUG